ACACUGGAGGCUGGGCUCCAGUCAGCUGACAGAAUAGGCUCCACCAAGAUGGCGAUCUUCAGUGUGUAUGUAGUGAAUAAGGCAGGCGGCCUGAUCUACCAGCUGGAUAACCAGAUCCCUCGCUCCGAGACGGAGAAAACAUUCAGUUACCCGCUGGACCUGGUGCUGAAAGUCCACGAUGAUCGGGUGCAGGUGUCAUUCGGGCAGCGUGAUGGCAUCCGAGUUGGGCAUGCGGUGCUCUCAAUCAAUGGGAUUGAUGUGAAUGGCAGAAAUACAGCAGAUGGGAAGGAACUUAUUGAAUUCCUCAAUAAUCCAGCCAACUACCCACUGUCCAUCCGGUUUGGCCGACCUCGUCUCUCUUCCAAUGAGAAACUAAUGCUGGCUUCUAUGUUCCACUCAUUAUUUGCCAUAGGAUCUCAGCUCUCCCCUGAGCCUGGAAGUUCUGGUAUAGAAAUGUUGGAAACUGAUACAUUCAAGCUGCACUGCUUCCAAACUCUGACUGGUAUUAAGUUUAUGGUGCUGUCAGACCCACGACAGGCUGGUAUAGAUUCUCUACUACGCAAGAUAUAUGAACUCUAUUCAGACUAUGCUUUAAAGAACCCAUUUUAUUCACUGGAAAUGCCAAUCAGGUGUGAACUCUUUGACCAGAACUUGAAGUCUGCCCUGGAGGUUGCAGAGAAAGCUGGAACAUUUGGACCAAGUUCUUAACCCUGCAUUACCCCCUCUCCAUUUGUCUGCAGUUGGAGAGUACUAUGGAGAUUCAAUCUGCCUUAGCUGUUUAGAUUUGUUUAUACCUUGGCUGCCUCUUUCUGUAAGAGAUGUGCCAUGUUCCUGGUAUGUACAUACUGUAAAAUUGAUAAGUUAUAUCUCAUGUAACACAGUGGUGACAUAGUGGCAUGUGUAGGGUGGUAAUAUUACCUCCAAAUAGAUUGCAGAAUUGUUUUGUAUUUAAACAUUUAUUUCACUUUUGUAUAUAAUUCCGAUAAAACCAAAUUUUAUUUCAA